AAAUAGUUUUGUUCGGAUAUAUCUAUAGCAUGAAUUAAAUUACGUCAAAAUAAUAAUAAGAUCUUCAGUGCAGCUUAAGCAGGCCAAGAAUUAUCAGGCCACUAUCUGCAAAUGGGUAGAGGAAGACCAACCAACUAGAGGCAAAACCUGUACACGUAAUUAUGGAAGGAGUUAGAAAGACAAGAAAGAGAAAGAGAAUGACGAGCAGAAAGAGAGAUGCCAAUGGGGAGAGAGUCGGAAGGACUCCGUCGGCCUGUACAUGUUCCUGUAGAAAGGUGAUAGGACCGGCUCCGUUCCACUAUGAAGAAGCUGCGAUCGCGGAGCGGGAGAGAAUAAACUACGAGGAGAAAGUCUCACUCGAAACAGCCAGGGCUGGACUCGCAAACCGACCGGUGCGAGUGUAUGCCGAUGGUAUCUAUGACAUGUUUCACAGUGGCCACGCCCGACAACUGAUGCAGGUCAAGCUGGCAUUGCCAGACAGUUACCUCAUUGUUGGUGUGUGUAAUGACGAGCUGACACACGAGAAGAAAGGUCGCACGGUAAUGAACGAGGCCGAACGCUACGAGGCAUUACGACACUGUCGCUAUGUCGACGAGGUCAUCACAGAUGCACCCUGGGUACUUACGGAAGAAUAUCUGGAAAUGCACAAGAUAGAUUUCGUGGCCCACGAUGACCUCCCUUAUACAACUGGUGCUGCUGAUGAUGUUUACCAAAGAGUGAAAGAGAAAGGAAUGUUUCUUCCCACGCAGAGAACAGAGGGAAUUUCCACAACCGAUGUCAUAGCCAGGAUCAUCAAAGAUUACGACAUGUAUGUACGGAGGAAUUUAGCCAGAGGCUAUACGGCAGCUGAACUCAACGUCAGUUAUAUGAAAGAGAAAAAAAUUAAAUUAAAAGUGAAUUACGAGAAAAUUGAAGAAAAACUUAAGGACAAGAAAAAGGAGAUUAUGGACAAAUGGAAAGAGUCCAUGGACAAGGGGAACGAACUCUUGCACAAAUGGGAGGACAAAUCGAAGGAAUUCAUUGGCAAUUUCCUCGACAUGUUUGGGAAAGAUGGAAAGAUUAACCACUGGUUCACCGAAAGCAAGCUGAAAAUAGGGCGGGCCUUGUCACCCCCGUCCAGUCCCUCCAGGGAGGAUUCGUCAUCCCCCAGCCCUUGCACUGCCAGUCCCCCCAUGAAGCGGGCCAGAUAUCUCUCACCAGUUGACGAUUAUGAUUAUUCCGAUGGCGAGGAUUAAACUGGGGGUCACAGGUCACGACGAAUCCACAAAUCUAAUCAUUAAAUAUGACGGUGUUUAGUUUUUAAGUAUGUCUCAAAACUGUGAUAGUUACCACUCUCAGAACUGUUAGUUAGUGUCUAGACAGCAGUGAUGCCGUUAAGCUGGGAUACGGGAUGCAGAAAUGUUGGGAUGAAACACACCUCUGUCUGAUGAUUAAACCGUUUUGGGUUUCUUUUACAGUGCGGUAUUAAGAUAUUCUUAUAGGUGUUCAGGAUACAUGUGGGCAAAAAGGUCUGCUAGGUUCGUAUUCGAACACCCUUUCCUUAGUAUUUUCUGUCCCAGGUCAGAUCACGGGCUAUUCAGAGACCGGAUGGACAUGCCUGAAACCUUAGUGGUACAGGGGCAUGUAAAAAUACUCUCUCUCUAGGGUCUCCAUGAGUACACAGUCUCGGGCAUGGGCUGGGUUUAGCAAGUAAUAUUCUAAAUUGUCCCUUCGUAUUUUCUGUCCCAGAUCAGAUCACGGGCUAUCCAGAGACCAUACCCAGGAUGGACAUGCCCGAAACCUUAAUGGUACUGGGCCAUGUAAAAAUUCUUCAGAUCCAGUGCAAGUUGAGAAAGAUUAUCGUCGGCAGUUACUACAAAUGUUACGGGACCUAAUCUGGUUGAUACCCAAUCCUCAGAAAGCCAACCAGCCGUUAUAAACCAAUCUGGAACUUACUUUCAAAUGCCUACAAUAUGGUUACAGUACAUAGACGUACGGGCUCCCCAUUUUUGUAGAGAGGGCAGGCAGGGUUUUGCCCGAAUUAAAAGAAAAUGCCCGAAUCUGGAUAACAACAUUUAUUCACAUUACCAUUACUACCAAACAGCUAUAUAGCGUUUCAGCCAGUGCACCACGACUGGUAUAUCAGAGGACGUGGUAUGUGUUGUCCUGUCUAUGAGAUGGUGCAUAUAUAUUAAUACCUUCAUUAGGGGUCAUUCAAAUAUUAUGUAACGCUCGAGAGGAUGGGUGGGUAUAGAUCCAAACAUUAUGUAGCGUUACAGGGGGUGGGUGGGCAUCUUUAACAGCGUUAUGUAAAGCACUUAAAAAAAAAUUAAGACUAAAAUAUUUUAUUUUAUUUUGUGUUUUUCAUAAACGCUGUGUCGCAGCCACAAUGUUUGGCAUAGGUAAUUACAGCUAGGCAUAUACAUACAAUAUAUAAGGAUUAUAAACCAAGUUGAAAUGCAAAUCUUCCCAAAUGGUAAAACAGUACGUUAAAAUUAUAUUACACCCAUCGCGUGACUUGUUUGUGAAUGGAAGUGGAUGUAGGGGGGGGAGGGGUCUCCAAGCCUUACACAAUAUUUUGGGUGUGUAUGGUCUAGCGUUACAGGGGAGGGAAAAUAUAAAAUUUUGACCAAAAUAGCAAUAUGUAAUAUUUGAACGGCCCCUUAUACCUGUCAUUUUUUUAACACUUUUUCAGUCAUAAAUUCAGUUAGAAAAAUAAGUGUAUUACCUACAUUUGUAUUAUAUUUGGUGACACGAUUUCAGUCUUUAAAUCUGCAUCAUCUCUUGUUUGAUGACACUAGGCUGGUCUUGAAGCCAGUUAGCAAAUAGUACUGGUAUAUGGAAAAGAUGCCAUGUCUCGUAUAUACAUAUGCUAGUAUAUGUUAAAAUCUCCAUUACCUGUUAUUUUGUUUGGGUUUUUUUUUUUGUGGAGGGGGGGGGUGUGGAUUAUUGGUGUUGUUUUUUUGGGUGAUACUAUUUUAGUGUUUCUGCCAGAAAG